CUCAGUGCUGCGCUGAGGUCUCCUUCCCUGCUGGUGUUUCUCUCCCAGGCGGCAGCUCCCUCCUUCCGACCGGCGCCAUGGCGAUGCAAGCGGCCAAGCGAGCCAACAUCCGGCUGCCGCCAGAAGUCAACCGGAUCCUGUAUAUUAGGAACUUGCCAUAUAAAAUCACAGCAGAGGAAAUGUAUGAUAUUUUUGGGAAAUACGGGCCUAUUCGACAAAUCAGAGUUGGAAACACUCCUGAGACCAGAGGUACAGCCUACGUGGUUUAUGAAGACAUCUUUGAUGCCAAAAACGCUUGUGAUCACCUGUCAGGAUUCAAUGUGUGCAACAGAUACCUCGUCGUUUUGUACUAUAAUGCAAACAGGGCAUUCCAAAAGAUGGACACAAAGAAGAAAGAGGAACAGCUUAAGCUUCUCAAGGAAAAAUAUGGAAUUAAUACAGACCCACCAAAAUAA